AUGCCUAGUCUAGUAGUGUCUCAAUUCACAAAGCAAACUCUCAUGUCAAGUCUGUGUAACAUUAAUGCACCAUCUUCAACUCUUCGUCAAGCUGCCAGAAACAUCAGUACCAAAUAUGCAGCCGCUGGAAGAAGAACAGAGUACUCUCCUAGGACUUGCUUCUCCCUCGGGAUGCUUUGGGCCUAG